ACAAUUUGUAGUAGCGAAUAACGUAAUAUCAGUGAGAUAUAAAAGUAAUACCAGUUUAUAAUAAAAUAUGCCCGAUGAAAUAUUUACAUUUGGCGCUGAUAACAAGUGAUUGGUCGAGUUAGUAAUUAAUAGUGAUAUAAGGGUGCGCUUUAGUAGCAGGCUAAGCGCCGCAGAUUUCGCGCGGGGCGGGUGUUGUCAUUGUAUUUUCACGUGACAAAAUAAAUUUUCAUAGAACAUUUAGUCAUAAAUCGCGUGAAAAUGCCGCCGAAAAAGCGGGAGAAAGAAGUGGAUGGACAAAGAGGUCCUCGAAUGGAUCAAAUACAAGCAGAUCAUGAGCUAUUCCUGCAGGCCUUCGAAAAGCCAACCCAGAUUUAUCGAUUUUUACGUACAAGAAACCAAAUUUCACCAAUAUUUCUAUAUAGAAAUUUAACUUAUAUGAAGCAACGUAUGUCCAGAAGUCAUAAGUCUAGAAGAGGAUUUAAAACUGAUACAAUAUUGGAAAAGUUAAUGUCAAAAAACAAACAGGAAGAAAACCCUGGUAUUCGUGGAUAUAUGACUCUUACUUUUCUAGGUUUUUAUGAUAAGAAAGUUGAAAUACCUCAAGAUCCAGUAAAAGUAGAAACAUUGUUAUUGAAAAUAUGUCACAAAAAAAGGAAAGAUGUGAGUUCACCAAUUAUGCAGGUUUCUGUUGGUACGAGUGAAGUUCCAAUAAAUCCAUGUGAAAAUCAACCUCCACCAAAAGCACCUACUAUAUCUAUACCUAAUGAGUCAUUCAGUUUAAAUAAUGGUCAUGUAGCUAAAACUUACAUGCUUUUACUUAGAGUUUAUUGUACGUCCAGUACUGGCUGCCUUAUGCAUAACUGUGAUUUAGAUGAGCCGGCUCAAAAGCGUCGUAAGUCUUCUACAGGUUCAAUUAAAACCACAGGAGAAGAAGUAAAAUUGUAUGGUUCUGAACUCAUAGUAUAUGAUAAACAUAAUCGAUGUUUGCUCACCGAUGGCGAUUAUGAAUUAGGUUUACAAGAAGUACAAACCAAUAUUCGAUCUAGCCCAAAGAAGCACAGCUCUUGGGAGUCUGUACCUGACAUCAAGGAGUGUGGUCCUUUUGAAGUAUUUAGUAAAGGGCCAACAUUAAAAUUUAGACUUAAUUGGACAACUGAACCAAGUAAUGGUUUGGUUGAUAGACCAACACCAAUACAUACAGCACCUAGUGGUGAUAAUAAAGAAAAUCGAUCAGGAAACACUGGUCUAGAACGAUCUUCCACAAAUAAUAAUAGUAGUAUUAACAAUAACAACAAUUCUACACUGCCAACACCUAGUCCUCUUAAUUCUUCGAGAAUAACAACACCUAGUGAGAAGAUGGACACUUCUGUGGGUACCCAGCAGAUAGUUUAUCAGUUCCUGUAUAAUAAUAAUAGUCGGCAACAAACAGAAGCUUGCGAAGAUUUACAUUGUCCUUGGUGCUCGUUAGAUUGUGGAAAGCUCUAUUCGCUGUUAAAACACUUAAAAUUAUGCCAUUCGCGGUUUACAUUCACAUAUGUGCCAAUUCCACAAGGUGCUCGUAUAGACGUAGCGAUAAAUGAAUGCUACGAUGGCUCCUAUGCAGGUAGUCCUCACGAAUUAAUUUCGCAACCUUCUAGCGUAGCGUUUUCUAGAACAGGGCCGACAAGACGUACAAGUGUAACAAAUAUUUUAGUAUGUCGCCCAAAAAGAACUAAACCAAGUCUUUCAGAAUUUCUGGAACUUGAUGAAAACGAAUACGAAAGCCAAAGACCUUACAUUACAGGACAUAAUAGAUUAUAUCAUCAUACUGUUACCUGUUUACCUAUAUAUCCAAAAGAAAUGGAUAUUGAUUCGGAAGGGGAGAAUGAUCCGAAAUGGUUACAGACGAAAACAAUGAUGAUGAUUGAUGAUUUUACAGAUGUAAAUGAAGGAGAAAAAGAACUUAUGAAAAUGUGGAACUUACAUGUUAUGAAACAUGGUUAUGUGGGAGAUUGUCAAAUACCGUUGGCUUGUCACAUGUUUCUAGAAACUAAAGGAAAAGAAUUGCUCAUGAAAAAUUUAUAUCGUAACUUCGUUUUGCAUAUGUGUAGCCUAUUUGAUUUUGGUUUGAUUAGUCCUGUGGUUUUAUAUCAAACGAUUCAAAAAUUACAAGAGAUAAUGAAGGAAGGAGGCGAAAAUAGUGAUAUUCGAAAAGUUUUACAAAAAUCGCACGAAGCUCAAGUUGAAAAAUGGCUUAGUACAGGUUUCCGUGCAUCUUCAGAUACCAGUAAGCAAAAUAGUACAACUACUAAAGUAAAUUUUAAUAAUGACGUAUCAAAUUCUAAUGCAAGACGCAAAACUUCUUUGCCCCUUGGUUCGCCGAAUUCGCAAUCUGCCAAAACGACGGUAUCUAUCCACAAUAAUGUUAGCAAACAUGCUAACAUGAUGUCUACGUCAUCGAAUAAGACUGUAAAUCAUAAUAGUACAAUUCAGAACUCUGUUAGUAAAAAUGCUAACACAUUUAUAUCUGUACAAAGCAAUGCGAAUAAAACUGCUUCGACAGGUUGUAUAACAAAUACUACCAACAGUAAAACUUCUGUAACAGUUACAAUGACUAAUGGAGUAUCUAAUCAAAAUGAACCAGGACGAAGACAAAUAAACGAUAUACCCACCCGGCGUAAAAGUACAAAUUCAAUAAUUCAGAUUUCAGAAAAUACAACACUUUUACGUCGAAAAUCAAUGGCCAGUGAAAAUGUAACUACCGAAUAUCAUAGAAGAAAAUUAAUUUUGGAUACAGUACCAAAUAGUGGUAAUGCUAACCAAAAACCACCCCAAAGUGGAAAUAGCUAUUAGUAAUUGGUAUACAUGUGUUGCUGUACUAAUUGUACGUUUUUGUACACCCGUGUGCAACGAAGGCUUUUAUCAGCAGUAAGAAAUGUACGGAUAAUCUCAAGUCCCGACAACCCAGACUUCGGGGUAAAACGAAAAAGUUCAGGCGGAAUUCGACGUGAUAGAUAUACUCAUAUUCGACUUUUUGGUGUACGAGUCCAGUCUGACUUCGGAUCAUGUCGACAAAAAUGGGAUGCGCAUGGUUCCUAAGCUCGAGAGACAAUUCAAGUAUAGUCUUGUUACAUAGUUUCUUUUUAUAUAGCCUAUUGAACGAGUUUUUUUUUUGCACCACUUUCAAGAACACUAAUGACUCCCUAUCAUCGUAGUCCCAUCCAGAGUCAUGUAACAAGACUUCGCUACAUUAAUAGAGAACCGAACGCGUCUGAUUUUUUCCGAGUCGGUCCAAAGUCGGACUGUAUGUUUAUUCCAAAAAUGAAAUCGAAUUUCGAGAUUCUGUUUCGAUUUUAUAAAAAAUAGAUGUCUAUCGAGUGCUACACUUCUUCUUAAUUGAAAAAAGCCUAAUAUGCACGCGUUUGUACAGUAUUUGUUGCAAAGAAUAUAAUUAUAAUUAGAAUGAUUGACAUUUAGCUAAUAUUUGAUAAUCAUUGCUCUAGCCGUUAGAUCAAUUUUCUAUGAAUUUGAAAAUUGCAAUGUAAAAAUGAAACAAGCAAACAAAUUUUCGAAGAAAAAAAACAAGAGAAAAAAAUGUGAAUAAUCCCCAUAGGUUUAACAAAAAUUUUUGAAGUAAUUGAAUAUGGAUAAAGAAUUUAUUUUUUCGAAUAUACGUAACCGAAACCCUAAUUUCAUAAAAAUAUAAUAUACCCGUUCUUUCUUGGUCUAGUCAAUGAUGCUUUUUAUGUUUUCAAUUUUCUAAAGCUUUUUAUUUGCUUAUUUACGAACAUUGUAUUGCCUCAUAUACUUACAUUUAAACAAAAAAGAAAACAGAAUUGAAAACGAGGGCACUGGAUUCAUACUUAGAAACGAUAGCUUAUUCUUUUGUACAAUAAAACAAUUGUAGUUUUUGUGUUAUGAUCAUUUAAAUUAUUUUAUGAAUUAAUGAAUGAAUUUAAUGUCUAAAGUUAAUAUGAAAUUAUAAGAACUAGUACGUAAUCUCUUGGAAGAUGGGACCUUGGUACAAUUACUUCAGAUAUACCUUGUAAAUUUAAUUCCAUAAACUGAGGCUGUAAAUUAUAAGUUUUAUCCAAAAAUGAGGAAUGAAGUGUUAUAUAAAAGUGCCUUUAUGAAGCAAGAAAAAUUGAAUGUGAGAGUGACUAUCGCCAAUUAGUGACUUUUUAAUUGAGUAUUUAUUUAGGGAUGUGCGGAUACCCGAAAUUAUGGAUUCCGUCGGGUUCAGAAAAAUUCGACAGGAAUCGGGUAGAAGUACCGAAGAAGUACAAUACAAAUGUUGGAAGUUUGAAAAAGGGAGAACAUUCGGAAAAUUUAAAAAAACAUGACGACGAUGUGCUUUUCACACGAACUUCUCUGAACCCAAUUUGAAGAUCGGGUACUCGACAUGUUGGGCUACUCGCAAAUUCCUAGUACUUGUACUCAUUUAUCAGUGGAAGAUUUUUUUUAAUUUAACAUAAUUUGUGUACCGAUUGUCGUUCUCUCAGACAAACUUGUGAAUAAAAUUUAGUAUAUUACAAUUAA